CUGUAUGUAAAUAUUUGAUUUAGUUUUCUCUACUGACAUAAAAUAAUCACUCGAGAUGGCAUAAACUUGUAUUAUUUUUAUUCAUAUUUUGGUACUAUAAAAAUAGAAAUUGUGUAAAAAAAAUAGACGGCAAUGCAGAUUCCACUGCAACUUUUGCAUAUUUACUACCAUCUUGUGCCGCUACUGGCAUUCCUCGCAAACGCCUAUGGCCACCUACAUGGCAGAGAACAUCAUCUUAAACACGGCAAAGAGAUCGGAUUGCCAAUAGUUCAGCCCAAUAUUACGUAUGACGGCGGCGACUACAAAAUGCUAAUUACUGGCGGCUAUAAACCAACAGGGAAUACGCUGAAUAAAUAUGUGGUAUCCAUACGCACCUCCAGGGCAACCGCGUACUUUGGGGAUAAUCACUUUUGUGUUGGCUCGAUAAUAUCUGACAAUUUGAUAUUAACCGCGGCGCAUUGUGUUGUUGACCGCCGCAAGGUCGUCACGCGUCCGCAUCGUCUUGUCGUCGUUGCUGGCGCAUCGAAUCGUUUUCAGAGGCAAGCAAGCACCGUUGAAAUGAAAGUUCGCGAUGUUUUGCCUCACCAACACUUUAAACGCAAAGGUGCGCACGAUAUUGCACUUCUACGGCUGGUUCAUCAUUUUCCCGACGACAAUGAUUUCGUUAAAAUAAUACCGCUAGUAAAUAAAAUAGUCCCACCAGGCACGUCAUGUCAAAUUAUUGGUUGGGGUCAGCUCUUUUUUCGUGGUCCAUACUCAGCUCAUGCUAUUGUUGCCAAUUUAACAGUAUUCUCUCAGGCAUAUUGUAGACGAUCCUAUCGGAAUUUAUUUCAUGAAACGAUGAUUUGUGCUGGCAAGCGGGGUAAAUGGGAUAUGGAUGCCUGUCGUGGUGAUUCGGGUGGUCCGUUAAUUUGCGAUGGUCAUGUAGUUGGUACUGUUUCGUGGGGUUCGUAUUGUGGUGAAAAGGGUAGGCCGACGAUUUUUACAAGCGUAUAUCAUCAUCGUGAUUGGAUUGAAAUAACCAGUGCUUCUGAUACUGUGCAACUAAUCAAGCUGCAUCUAUGGUCAUUAUGCUUACUAAUAAUAUAUUUUUUAUUGUGAACAUAUUGUACAUGUGUACUGAUUUCAAAUAAAUUUUUGCUUCACGCAGAAUGCGAAGGGUUUUUC